AGCCCGAUACAGUACCUUCGUCCCUGCGCGCCUGAAUGUUACGGAAACGUAGGUUCCAGAACUGGCUUCCGCGCUCCUAUUGGCUGGCGCGGCUUGGGAACCCUCGCCUCCGCGGAACCGAGGGAUGGCAGGCGAUUGGUCAAGGAGAGGAGGUAGGCGGAGACAGGUGAGCAGGAGGCGGGCUUUCAUUGGCUGCGCUGAAGUUGGAAAGAAGGAAGCGGUCGCUAAGAGCUACACCAUGGCCUACGGGGAUGAUGGACACAGCCUGAGGGAAGUGCUGGCCACUUUCAAGGCCUGUCUUGACGAGAAUUCGGAAAUCCUAGUGGACCCUUACUUAGCAGGCUGGAAAGGGCUCGUCGGGUUUUUGAACUCCAUGGGUACGAUCUUCGGCUUUGUUUCGAAAGACGCGGUGGCCAAAAUCCAAAUCAUGGAGGACUUCCGGAGCGGCCCCAAUAAGGAGAGCUACAGAACCCUUCAAUCCAUGGUGAGCUACGAGAUGGCCAACAACCUGGUAGACUUGAAGAAGUACUCCGAAUGCCCCGUAUCAGGCUGCCGGACGAUCCUGCGCCUCCACCGGGCCCUCCAUUGGCUGCAGCUCUUCCUGGAGGCAAUGCGGACCAGUAGCCCAGACUGCAAGACGUCGGUGUUGUGCACAGAUUCGUACAAUGCCUCUCUGGCCAAUUACCACCCUUGGAUUAUCCGCAAGGCGACCAUCAUUGCCUUCCACACUCUGCCCAAUCGGGAAGCUUUCUUUGAGAACAUGAAGGUGGGCUCCAACGAGGAGGGGGUGGAGAUGCUGGGAGAAGCUUUGCCCCACAUCAGGAAGAUCUACGAUAUCACACAGGAACUGUACAGCCGGCACAAACUCCUGGACCUCCCUUAGCAGAGCGGAUCCCCACAAUCAAGUGUUUCUCUGAAUGCCACAGGUGAAAAAGGAAGCAUUGAUCGUACAUCUCAUGCCUAUCCAUUUCCAGGCCAGCUUGUUGGCACCAAGAUCUAGCUCUCUGCUUCUCAGCUCUCCCCUAUAAAUCAGGUUUCUUAUUGCUGGAAUCAUUUGAGCCUUCAAACCAUCCCUAUUCUGGGUUCAAAUCAGCUAGAUAUCCAGAGAAACAGAAGUGGUCCCAGUUCCUCUGACUGUGGUGGGGAGCCUACGGCUUUUCAGAUGUUCUUGGGCUCCAACUUCCAACCACUGGGCUGGGGCUCAUGGGAGUCGGAGUCCAAGAACCUGCUUGACCUACAACUCCCAUCAUCCCUGAUGGCUGGCCAUGCUGGCUGGGGCUGAUGGGAUUUGGAGUCCCCCCCUCCCC